AUAAGGGGCUAAAAAGUGCGGCGGCGUUAAUAGCGUACGGUCUAGUGUACGUAACUUGCAGAUUCCCCCCACUUCUAUUAGCAUUAAUCACUUGUCGCAAACGUGCUUCUGGACCGUGCACUACUCAGAAACUUUACCCAACCAAAAUUUCUCCUCCAGUAGCGCUACGCAGAUUACAAACCACAUCUAGCGGGUCGAUAAGGGGAAAAAAAAAGGACAGAAAAUGGCUUCAUCAUCCAAACCAUAUUCACUUCAACUAGCCGAACGUAUCCACAAUACCACCGGCAAGGAUCAACUUGGUCGCAUAUGUUCUGCAGGCUUCAUCUUAGAAUCAUCAUGGCAUUUAGUCGUUGAGAGGAGAUUCAUGAACACGCCGCCUCAAGUUGUGAAGAAGGCUUUGCUUAGAGCAGGUUUCUUCUGGACGGUGUUAUAUUUUGGUACCGACCAAGCAUUGAAAUGGGCCGAGGGGAAAGUCAAGAAGGCCGAGGAAGGUCGGUCAUAAAAACGAGUAAGCAUCGAAAGGGGACGUCCCCUCGUAUGGGAAUUGUAUAGGCCGCCCAUUUCACCAUCGGUCAUUUGAUACCCUUUGUCGUCAUGUAUGAACCAAUAUCGUAGGAGUACUCAUACGCCAACAAACAUGGGUAAAAUACCUAUCGCUUCCCGAGGGACGUAUUAUGAUACCUGCGAACCUCACGAAUUCCGUACCAUCAGCUUCAGGUUGGCGGGAUCUCUUUCCUUAUGCGCAUUUUAUGUCUAUCGAGCUGGUUCUAGGGGGGGAAACAAAGUGACCAUGAUAGCAACAACUCAGAGAUGAACUCUGCUCAAUAGAAUUAAGUACAUGUUGAAUGACGCGAAUCAAUAUCGUUUAGGCGAAGGGGAUCAUUAUUAAAGAUGGCGAGAUACUGCUAGGUAAAUUGAUCACCAGAAAACACUGGUUCUCGGAGGAAUCAUUGUAGAACAUCCACAGGCUAUCAUGAUGCCAAGCUAGAUGAAGAUAUCAUCAAGUUGUGUGGAAUUGCGGCAUCAAACAUUGGAGAACCACCAGUAAUAAGGUAAUGAUGCGAUCAGCCCAACUAAUCACGUCAACUCCAAUGCCCUUCAC